CCAGCCUCGUGGUCUGUGACGUCACCACCCUCCCGGCAUGCUCACUGGAAGUCCAAUUAUUGCUAAUGGCGGGUAUUGUAUGAAAUAUAGGCAUUUUUGAGCUAUUGCUUACGAACCCGUUGUAUUACAUCGCUACAGUAGGUUUCUAGUGAAUGUUCAGUUUGCAUAGUUGUCUUUAAAGAAGUCCCUGGUUGUAAACAAGAACGUUUAGAGGACUUUGCAGUGGUUACCACGAACAUGCGGCGACAUUGUAUGAAGUAGUUGUGAAAGUGCAACUGGACGGACGUGCUUAACUUUAGCGCUAGCCUCGCUGGCGGCUAUGUUAGGUUACAGUGAAGAUAGCUUUUUAGAUGCACGUGCAGCACUGACGCAGCCAUACGCAACUGCAUGAAUUUGGGAAAAUAAACCCACAAACUUACACACAUAUUCAUUAGACUUUUAGUUUUGCUAUUACUGAUAAAUCAUUUUAACCCCACAAAUCGGAAAUGAACCUGUUAAGACUUCCAGUUUGUUUUAUGCUAGCAGCCGUGGUCUGUGUGGACGGCACUUCUAAGCUAAAUAUCCCCAAAGUUUUACUCCCGCUCGCGAGAGGUACAUUAAUCAACUUCACCCUGGAAACCACAGACGGCUGCUACAAAUGGUCUUCCACCAGACCUGAAGUGGCCAGCAUCCAGGCUGCAGACGAGGACCUCAGCAGAGGGUGCUCCCGCAGAGCCGUAGUUCAAGCGCUCUCCACUCAACCCUCCAGACUCACCAGCAUCAUUCUGGCCGAAGAUGUUGUCACAGGUCAGGUGCUGCGCUGCGACGCUAUAGUCGAUGUCAUUAAUGAAAUCCAGAUCGUGUCCACAACCAGAGAGCUGCAUCUGGAAGAUUCACCGCUGGAACUCAAAAUUCAUGCACUGGAUUCUGAAGGAAACACAUUCAGCACCCUUGCAGGGCUUGUGUUUGACUGGUCUUUGGUGAAGGAUAUAGAUGUGAAUGGAUUCCCUGACUCUUACAAUUCAUUACGGGUACUUAAGUUCUCUGAGUCUACGUACACUCCUCCUGCAUACAUAUCUGAAAUGGAGCGUGUGGGGAAACAAGGCGAUAUCAUUCUGGUGUCAGGGCUGAAAACGGGGCAUGCUAAGCUGAAAGCUAAAAUACAGGAAUCCCUGUAUAAGGAUGUGGGCGCUGCAGAAGUGAGACUGCUGAUCUUGGAGAACAUCCUGCUAAGCCCUGCGCAUGACAUCUACUUACUGGCAGGAACUUCCAUCCGUUACAGAGUUCUGAAGAUAAGACAGGGCACGAUCACAGAGCUCUCUAUGCCGUGCGAUCAGUACGAGCUGCACCUUCAGAACAGCGUGGCUGCGCCUGCUGGAAGUCAGGAUGCUCCCGUGGCCAGCCUGGAUCAAAGCACAUCCACAGUGACGGGACUUCAGUUGGGACACAUUAAUGUGGUGCUGGAUCACAAGAGCCUUCGAAUGCAGGGAGUGUCUCGUCUACCUAACAGCACCCUGUAUGUUGUUGAACCAGGCUACCUAGGCUUUAAAAUUCAUCCAGGAGAUAGUUGGGUUCUUGAAACAGGCAGAGAAUAUGAUAUUCUUAUUGAAGUGUUUGAUAAAUCUGGCAACAAAAUCUAUCUCUCUGAUAAUGUGCGCAUCAGCACCGUUUUUGCCGUGGAGUAUUUUGAAGUCUUGCAUUCCAGUAAAAAUGGAUCGUACCAUUACGUCAGAGCCCUCAAAGACGGCCUAACUCUCAUUGACGCUACCCUAAGAUCCGUGGAGGAUGACAGAGGACGGGUCCAUGAUCUCACCAACCCCGUUCACAACGAACAAGACGUGGAAAUCUAUAAUCCUAUCGUUCUUAGUCCCAGCAUUCUCACUUUUCCCUGGCAGCCCAAAGUUGGAGCUUAUCAGUACACAAUAAUGGCGACAGGUGGGAGUGGAAAUUUCAGCUGGACCUCAUCCAAUACAGCUGUCGCCACAAUGACUGUGAAAGGAGUGAUGACUACAGCCAGUGACAAAGGUGUCAGUGUGGUUUAUGCUCAUGAUCUGCGGAACCCGCUGCACUUUGGACAAAUGAAGGUGUACGUUGUGGAGCCUGUUGCCAUGGACUUCGCUCCUUGCACAGUAGAGGCCAGGUUGGGCCAAGUUCUGGAUCUGCCCCUCAGGAUCUUUGGACUGCUGGAGGAGUUUGAGAACGAGCGAGUGAUGCUGAGUGACUGCUCCCACUUUGAACUGCUGGUUGCAGAGGAGACGCGGGACAUCUUUGAACUGCUGGACGGGAGGCUGGCUCCAGGCCAGGACCACUGCAGCGGAGUGAGAGCCAAGGCCCUGACUCCUGGGUACACCGUGCUCACCGUCAGCUACACUCACGGCAACAUUCACCUCAGUGCCAAGAUCACCAUAGCGGCAUAUCUUCCUCUCAAAGCGGUGGAUCCAGUUUCUGUGGCAGUGGUCACGUUGGGAUCAUCUAAGGACAUGCUGUUUGAGGACGGACCGCAGCCUUGGGUUUUAGAGCCCUCAAAAUUCUUCUGCAACUUAAGAGCUGAGGAUGAAACCAGCCUGAGUCUUGCUCUCAUCAGUCCAUCGUCUCACAGCUUUAAUCAGCACUUGGUUAGAGCGACCUGCAAGGCCCUGGGAGAGCAGGUGCUGGAGGUGACUGUGGGAAACAAGGCCAGUGUGACGAAUCCCUUUCCUGCUGUUGAGCACGCGGUGGUUAAGUUUGUUUGCGCCCCUCCAUCACGCCUCACGCUGCUGCCAGUUUACAGGAGUCCACAGGUGGACCUGAGCUGCCCACUCCUGCAGCAGAAUAAGCAAGUGGUGCCGGUUUCAAACUAUCGUAACCCCAUUCUGAACUUGGCGGCCUUUGAUCGGCAAGGCAGAAAGUUCGACAACUUCAGCUCACUGAGUCUUCUGUGGGAAUCCACGAAGACCUCACUGGCCAGCAUUGAACCCACGAUGCCCAUGGAGUUUCAGCUGCUGGAGGAGGGCCAAAAGCAGAUGAAGCUUCACGGACGUCAGACAGUUCUUGUACAUCACCAAACGGGUCAUGCUGCCAUUACCGUGACAGCGCUUGGAUACCAAGUUUCACAUCUGACUGCAGCUAAAGUCCCCACUCCUUAUGAGCCCUUAGUACCUGUCUCAGCCAUGCUGGAGCUGCUGCUGGUGGAAGAUGUAAAAGUUUCUCCUGACUCAGUGACCAUAUACAACCAUCCAAACGUGCAUGCCAAUCUGGCCCUGCAAGAAGGUUCGGGGCACUUUUAUCUCAAUACCAGCGCCAGAGGGAUUGCAAAUGUCAAAUUCCAGAAGGCUCAAGGCACAGCUCAGGUUUCUCCGGUUCAUCCUGGCACUGUGAAUGUCAUGGUGCAUGACUUGUGCUUGGCUUUUCCAGCACCUGCCAAAGCCACGGUUCAUGUUUCUGAUAUCUUGGAGGUUUAUGUGAGAGUGGUAGACAAGGUGGAGAUUGGCACAUCUGUGAGAGCUUAUGUCAGAGUUUUGGAUGAUAAGAAAAAGCCCUUCUCUGCCAGCUAUUUCCAGUUUAUGAAUCUUAAACUCAAUACAGCUUCUGAAAUCGUCUCUCUCAAGCCAUUAGCAGAGUCCACAGAAAAUGACACUGCAGUGUUUUUGGUGAAAGGACUCUCUAUCGGUCAGACCACUCUGUCAGCUGUCGUCAUGGAUAAAGACGGCAGAAAAAUAGCUUCUGGACCCCAGCCAAUUGAGGUAUUUCCACCCUUCAAACUCAUCCCCAGGAAAAUGACUCUGCUAAUUGGUGCAAUGAUGCAGAUUACAUCUGAGGGUGGCCCUCAACCUCAGUCCAAUAUCCUCUUCUCGAUCUCUGAUGAGGACAUAGCUACUGUCAAUGCACUGGGUCACGUCAGGGGCGUUGCUGUCGGUAACGUAACGGUGACGGGAAUGGUCCAGGUGGUCGAUGCAGAGACUGGGAAGCUGGUCAUCAUUUCUCAGGAUCAAGUGGACGUUGAGGUGGUGGUUUUGACUGGCAUUCGCAUCAGAGCUCCUAUUACAAGAAUGAAAACAGGAACUCAGAUGCCCGUAUAUGUGAUGGGGAUGACCAAUAGUCAGACGCCGCUUUCUUUCGGUAGCGUCUUCCCUGCUCUCACCUUCCACUGGUCCACCACUAAGAGAGAUGUUCUGGAUAUUCAGCCUCGACAAGUCGAGGCUAACAUUGACCUCCAGGCAGAACACAACUUUGGCAUGACUGUGACGGGAAGAACUCGAGGGCGGACCGGCCUUAAGGUGGUUCUGCGAGUUACUGACCCAACAGCAAAGCAGCUGGAGGGGAACCUGCAAGAGCUUACAGAUGAGAUCCAGAUCCAGGUCUACGACAAGCUGCACAUGCUUAAUCCUCAAGUAGAGGCUGAGGAGAUCUUGAUGGCUCCAAACUCGGCUAUUAGACUUCAAACUAACAGAGAUGGCGUGGGCGCUCUUUCCUAUCAAAUGCUGGAUUGCCCUGAUCAGGUGGUCGUUGCUCAGGUUGAUCAUAAGGGCUUGCUCUCGUCCGGUUCUCUGACCGGCGUCUCCUCACUGCUGGUUACUUCUCAAGAAACGUUUGGUGUCAAUCAGACUCUCAUCCUGUCAGUGAAGGUGGUUCCCGUGUCCUAUUUCCGCUUCAGCACCAGUCCGGCGCGCUACACUCUCAGCAGAGAUCACCUGACUGCCUUUCCUCUGGGAGUGCUGCUUACCUUUACUGUUCAUUUUCAUGCUCACACUGGAGAGGCUCUUCACAGCUCCAGCUCUCACCUCACAUUUUCUACAAACCGGGAUGACCUGGUGCAGGUCGGGAUUGGACCCAACAACCACUCGAUAACGGUGAAAACAGUGAAUGUCGGCCUCACUCUGCUGGCAGUGUGGGACAGUGAAAACACGGGGGUGGCGGACUACGUUCCGCUUCCCGUUGAUCACGCCAUUCGCAUAGACGACGCCCGCCAUCUUGUGGUUGGAGAUGUGGUCUGUUUUGAUGUCCAGCUCAUGAGCUCGGAUGGUGCUCACGGUGUGUGGAGCUCCUCUGCAAAUGGCAUUCUCCAGGUGGACCCUAAAAGUGGUGCAGCUGUUUCCAGAGACUCUGGGACGGUCACGGUGUAUUAUGAGAUUCCAGGAGUUCUGAGAACAUACAGAGAGGUAUUCGUGAAAGCCCCCAGCAGGACAGCCGCGAUGGCUCAGGCCACGCCCGUCAGGAUUGGCCAAGAAACAAAGGUUCUACUGACAACGGCAGAAAAAGGAACCAACCUGAUAGGAACUUGCUCCUCCACCCAGACUGAGGCGAUUUCACAGUUGCAGCCAGAAACAUCUGUAAGCUGCCAUCCCAGCUUUUCCAGUGACACGAUCGACUUCUCAGCUAAUGACGUCUUCAAAACACACACCAGCUUUGACUCCAGCAUUGGCCUCUACACGUGUUCCCUGACCUUGCAGCCGUUGACGGACCAACAGAGCCGUGUGCUCAGCAUCUCCAUGACCAAUUUGCUGGUCAAAGCAGGUUUGGUGGGUGCUGGGUUUGCUGUGGAUCAAAUCAGCGCCAGGCUGCCCUUAGAACCGGGCCUGUACUUGGACCAGACGGAGCUGCUGCUCUCAACCCUGCACCCAUCCGCUGAGGUUACAGUUUUUGGUCCUGUAGCUGCACUAUCCAAUCUGCAGGUGUUUUCAACGUCUCCCAGCAUCGUUGUCCAGGAGAAGGAGGUCCACCAGGGGUUCCCCAGUUUUACCAAGUACACCGUCAGCGCUGUGGAUACUCAGGCAGCUGGCUCUGCCUCUCUCACCAUAAGCAGCUCUUCUUCUGGCCAGAGUCUCAUCCUGCCCAUUGCUUUGAUGCAUGUGUCUGAUCCCGCCGCAGCCAAAAAAGCAGUCGCUCCUCGGGUUGGUCUGACGGAGGAGUCGACCUCCCUGCACAGCUUCAUCAACAGCUACCAGAUGAUGUUCUGCAUCUUUUUCGCACUGCUUGCUGGAGCCGCCAUCAUCAUCAUUGUGCUCCACUCAUUUUUCUCUCCGAGAGAACAGACCUAUCACCCAGCUUUUAUCCAGAGAACUCCACCUCCGGUCAGAGACUCCCCGGUAGCGAACUCCUUCACCCCCAUCAUCUCCAGAGAUGACCUGAGCGGCAGCCCCAGGUCACGCCUCUACUCCUCCCGCUACAAGUCUUAACGAAGCCCCCCUACUCCAUCUUUCUUUAAAACGAGAACACCAUCUGCCAAAACUUGCACACGGACCGUGCCUUUUUUUUUCUUCUUCCAUUACUGCAGCAGUAUGUGAGAGGAAGUCCUGGUUUGAAUGUUGCUACCGACGUUUCUUCUCCGUCAGUCAAAGGAUGGUGAAAGUUGAUUUAAGGGCUGCAUUUAUUUUCUGUUUUUUUUUCUUUGUGUGUGUGUAAAUUUAUGUGAGUUUAUUGAACAUAUUAAUGUACGCAGCUAUUCAUACAAAGUGUGUUUUUAUGCAGGCCACGCCGUCCGUCACUGAUGACACAUGUUGAAGUGUCAAAACAAAAGUACUUGCUUGUGAUUUAAAAAAACAGAGUUUUGUUUGUGAUCGUUGUUGCUUUGUCAUUUUCAAUGAAACUCAGGAAAAUCAACAAUUCAUUUUGUCAGUAAGCAGGAAAAUAUUGUAUUUAUUUUUAUGAGAAAAAAAAAACAAGACUUAUGUUGUAGCGUUGGUACAUUUUGAAAAUCUGUCCACUGAAUCCGUCCCGGUAAAUCUUGAAACGGAGGAAAGUGUUUUUCCUCUGGGCAUUUCUGUUGAGGCAUCUAACCUUAUAGUGACAAAAACCUUGAUUUUUGAGCCACAAACGGUGCAGCUCCUUGUGAUUCGUUAAUGUGACAUGGCUAAAGAAUGUGAACCUUCACUUUGGUUUUGGUUUCUUCAAUGGGAAACCUCUCGACUGUACCCUGCUCUCAUUUCUCACAAUGUGAAGUUUUCUUCCUGUGGUUUCAAAAAAAAAAACGGAUAUCAAAGUGUGAUUCUUUUAAUAUGUGAAGAACAUGAUAGACACGCUCUUGUAUUAUUAUUUUUUUGUUCUUGAUUUUUAAUCAGAUUCAUGUUUUUGUUGCCGUUUCAUCAAAGCAGCUUUCUGCACAUAAAUACUGUUGCCUGUGUGAAUUUGUUAGCCUUUAUUAAAUAAAGUUUUUACUUAUGUUUA